AAUAAUUAGCUGAGGAGAGGGUAUGACUAGGUUUACUUGUCUGCAGAAGAGGAUUGCUGUUGUUCAGCAUGUUGUUGUGACUGCAUGUACUGAGGUGGAUGUGGUGGCACUGCCUUGUGGUCCUCUGGCUGGAGAUUGAAAGGACACUGGAGUCAUGUCCACUGGGUCAGUGAGCGAUACUGAGGACUUGCUGGAGCUGAGAGUUUUGGAGCUGCAGUACCCCAAAGCUCAGAGAGCAGGAUGCAGUGAGCUUCUGCUGGACCACUCCACCGACAACUCUGAUGAAGAAGUCUCAGAGCCAUCAAGUGGCAAAAGGAAACGUGGCUGCAGAAGCCACCAGAGUCCAGACAAGAAGCAGCAGCCUGGCAGGUCUUCCAAGGAGUGCAAACAGUCUCAAAGAAACGCGGCCAACGCCAGGGAGAGAGCCCGCAUGAGGGUCCUGAGCAAAGCCUUCUCCAGGCUGAAGACCAGCCUUCCAUGGGUCCCACCAGACACCAAACUCUCCAAGCUGGACACCCUGAGGCUGGCCUCCAGCUACAUUGCUCAUCUAAGGCAACUGCUCCAGGAGGACAGAUAUGACAAUAGCUACAUUCACCCAGUCAACCUGGUAAGAAUGAAGCUCCCAUACAGCCAGCACCAGUCGGCGACCAGGGCUGCCACAUGGUAAUGGACAAUGCUGAGAUUUACACGCAUGAUACAACAGUGUGCACAACGUGUUCGCAGAUCAUUUAUCUAAGGGGAAUUAUUGGGGGGAGAGAUUUUUUUUAUGUUAAUAUUAGGCAAACAGAUGCAGAAAAUGCAGACUCAAUGGACAUGUAUUUGUAUUCAUUAAUACUGCUAAAAGUAAAUAUUGGUAUUUUUAACAUGUUAAUUUAAAUACAUUCAAAAUCCAAUAAUAUAUCAAAAAAUAUAUAAACUUACUAAAUGAUGCACACAACUCCAGUUUUCCCUAUUGUGCGGAGCUGCUAUAUACAAAACAGUCAAUUACAGGUAUCAUGCCUUUUUCUCUUUAACCAGAUGAUGAGUUAUAGGGAAUUUAGAUACAUUAAUGGAGUGCAGUUUGCCCACUAAUUAGCAUGUGCCUGCGUACCCCUGGCACCCCUUGUACACACAUAUCUCCAUGUGGUCAGUGGACAUUAGGGUAUGACAGCAGGAUUUGCUUUUAAUAUAUGAUAAUUUAAAUGAUUUAUAUUAAAAUAAUCACCUUUGCAUGUAAAAAUAGCAGUUUAGCAGUAGCAGCCUAAUAGCCAAUAGUCCUCAAUAAGUUCAUGCCACUAAUACUCCAUUAUAACUCACAGGACCUACCUUGGACAGUAUUAGAUAGAUUAAAAAUAGAAUACAAAUAUUCACAUAGGGAUUAACAAGGAGAGGAAGCUUUAAAAAAAUAAAUGAAACUAUAAUGCUUGACUAUUUGACUAAUCAUUUGGCUAGCUGUGAGUCUUAAGACCUAGACCCCAACAUUUGACUGUCAUUUUAUUCCUUGUCAGAUAGAACGAGAAUGCUUUCAGAUAAGGUUUUAACGAAAUAAACAUAGGGUCAAUGCAUAGUUUUUAGUAUAGUGUAUAUUGAGACAAUGCAAACGUGAAUAGCAUGUAGAAAGAAAUGUAUUAAAUAAUAAAAAACUUUCUUACUAAUAAUAGUGAUGUGUAAUGAUCUGCAAACCAAACUUGCAAAUACAAAGUCAGAUUAGCUGUAUAGCAAACUUUCUCCAAUUCAAAAUGUGCAAUUUAACUUUAUAACAAGGAACUGUUUACUAAAUUAGUGCAUGGGGUCGAUUUAGCAAUACAGAAUUGUGAGGACUCAAACAGCCUCAGCCUGCAGCUCUGCUUUUGCGCCCUACAGUUCAUGUUUGUUAUUUUUCGCCACAGCUCACUGUUUGCUAAAUACAACUCUACCUUGUAUUACUGUUGUUCCUUCUCUGUGUGUUUGUGAAUUGACAUUGUGGUCUCCUACGUUUCAUGAAUUGCUUGGGACAAUAAAUGAGCCAUAUUUAUCAACACUUUUUAUCAUUACUGGGACAAAGUACUAAAUGUGGAACAAUUACUGCUGAAACCAGUGGGACAUUCUAGUGACACAUAAAUGUGUCCAAUAAUUGAACUGGUUUAUACUGACUUCAGUCAGAGUAUAAAACCCUAGAUAUAUUAUUUAGUCUCAUAGUUUAAAUUUGUACAGUUCUUCCAAUCAUUUCCCAUCAUUUCAUAUUGAAGGAAUGUUAUGGCAAAACAUGCACUAUUUGUGUGCCUUAUUAUUGAUGGAGAUUAUAGAUAUAGCUAUAUUGUGUGCAAUUAAAAUGUAUUUUUUUUUUUUGCAAUACUUCUGGUCUUUAAAUGAAUAGCUGUAAAUAUCUAGACUAAGAUAUAUUUACAUAUGGCAUAUGUAUACCAUAAUAAUAUUCAUAUUUAUAAGGUUAAUGCAAGCUGUGCACCAAUCAAAGCGAUUGGCAAUAUUGACUUUAAAUUUGAAAUUUUCUUUGAAUUCUCACUUUAGUGAAUAACUCUAGAUAUAUGUGCAGUCUGUUUUGCUUUGUGUUGUUUAAUUUUCCAUGUUACAUAUAUGUGCAUGUUUAUAUAUGUAAAUUAAUUAUUUUUAUAUAUAUUUAUAUAUGUAUAUAUCUAUUUAUAUAUAUAUGCAUACACACACAUAUGCACAAUAUAUAUAGUAAUUCAUUUACAGAUAUAAACAUGCACAUAAUGUGUGAACAAUGCUAUGUGAAAUAUAUAUAUACACAAUUAUAUGUAUAAAACCAAAGCUAAAUUUGUUAUUUUGCACCAUGUUUGGCAAUGCAGAAACUGGACCAACUCUGGGGGCAGAAUACACGUUAUAUGUUGAGAUUGCUCCUAUUUUAGCACUUUGUCCUAGGAUUACCAUAUUUAAAGUUAGGAUUGUGACAUACAUGCAUAUUAAAAUUGCCUGCAUUAUUUCACUGAUAUUGUCCAAUUUGUACUUUCAGACCUGGCCAUUUGUGAUACCAGGACGACCAGAAUGUGAUCCCAAAGAAUUGACAACAGCUAAUAUAUUAUGUGGGGCCAUUGCUUAGAUAUAAGCUCGGAUGGGACUUUCCUUGACUUUAAGAUGCUGAAAAUCUGGCAAGAUGCCUUAGGUGAUCAAAGGUCAUCCGUCUAAGUGCAUAAUACCAAAUGUACUAAUAUGAGAUUAACACUGUUGGACAAAAAAUAAAAUGUACUACUUCAUGGUCAUGGGACACAGUUUUAUACUUCGGAUUUCAAAAUGCUUUAAGAGUGCUCCAAAUGGACACGUGUCUCAUUGCAUUAAGAGACAUAAUGUAAAUAUAACAUAUCUGUGUUUUGCAAACCUGUUUUAUAACAACUGCAAAAAUAUAAAAUGUAACAAGAUAUAGAUUUGUUUUCAUUGCUGUUUUUAACAUCAUUGUUAUUUUAAAACAUUAUUUUUGUUAACACAACAGAAAUGAGAUUUAUAAUAUAUUUUUAUAAGUGUUUGUGAAAAUAAAUAUUACUGUAUAUAUUAAAAUUUGCUAUUUUUUACCCUCUUGGAUAUUGGAUAUUCCAUAAUUGUACAAUUGUUUUUGAGACUGUUACCAGUUUUGGCAUUACCACUGAUUUGGAAUUUGUAUAUUGUGCAAAAAUUCUAUAGUCUAUUGUUACAGCGUUAAAGUGUCAUUUCAGUUUUAUAUUUCUAUAAAAGGAAGGAGCUGGAGACGUUCGAUUGGUCUUAUGAACCACAAUGCAUCUGUAAUUCAGUAACGUGAUUACAUUUUUGUAGUUUUAUUUUUUAUAUAAAUGUAAUUAAAAAAAAA